AUGGCAUCUCCAAAUCGCGAAUCACCUCAUUUUCAGCGCAUACAGCAGAGCUCACCAUACAAUGAUGUCUACAUCAAUGCGCUUAUCACUCCGCCUCGCACCUGUAUGAGCACCCAACACCCAGAAGGACAACGCUGGGAAGGACCUGGUGGCUGGGGUGCACGUCACUUGAACGACGCGGCACCGUUCACACUCUGGGAUGCAGAAGAGCGCAAGUUUCGCUUCCCCUCCGGCGAGGAAAUGACUUGGAUUGAGGGAAGGUUUGGAAGUGUAUCGAAACGUACCGUCCACCUAAGCCAGUUCCGCUCACGCUAG